AUGAUGGAACCAGAGUACCCAGAAGGAUCCGCUUCAUGUUGCUUUUGUUUCUCCACCAAGAAAGAUGUUGCAAGGAACAACAAAAGCAUAGGAGUUUCAAGUUUAGGCCAAGUUGAAUGGAAAAAGAAUGAUGAAAUAUUAUCUGAUAUGAGCACUUUUUCUGUCAAAGAACAAGAAAGGAGGUUGAAGAAAGCUUUGGAAGAGGAAAAGAAGGUAAAGUUUGAAGCAGAGAGGGUUGUUCAAUGGGUGAAGCAGGAAUCAUCAAGAAUUGAUGCUUCUACAAUCGACUCAAUUCUUAGUGACAACAAGAAGAAAGAGGAAGAUGUUAUUAGAUAUAGGUUUUGA